GGGCCGUGAUGGGGCAGAGGGUGUCGGGUGUGGUGAAAUCUGCGGAUGAGCCGGAGACGAGCGAGCUGGCGUAUCCGCCAGUGUGUGCGUCGCUCCGUAGCCGUGGCGUCCAGUUACCCGCCCGUCUGGAGCUGCUGUUGGACAUGCCGCCGGCGGGCCCGGAAAUCCAGCUUCAGCACGCCUGGAACCCAGACGACCGCUCACUAAACCUCUUCAUCAAAGACGACGACCGGCUCACGUUCCACCGCCACCCGGUGGCCCAAAGCACGGACUGUGUGCGGGGAAAAGUCGGAUUUACCCGUGGUUUGCACGCUUGGACUUUGCGCUGGCCCGUACGGCAGCGCGGCACACAUGCCGUAGUCGGGGUCGCGACUUCUUUGGCUCCCUUGCGAGCCGUCGGAUAUUCCGCCCUAAUCGGCAGCGAUGCCGAAGCCUGGGGUUGGGACUUGGGACGAGGUCGGCUUUACCACGACAGAAAGAGCCGGACUGGCCCGGCGCCGUCGUACCCGGAGUUUAUCGAGGACGAGGAGGACGAAGGGACGUUCUCGGUGCCUGAGGAGAUUCUGGUGGUUCUGGACAUGGACGAGGGAACGCUGGGAUUCUGUCCCGUAGCUGAACCCCUGCCGCUGAUGGAGCUGUGCAGGAGGGCGGCACGACAGGCUCUGGGACGCCACCGAAUCCAUCACAUCCAGUCUCUGCCACUGCCACAGACGCUCAAGAACUACCUGCAGUACCAAUGAGAGACACAAACACACACAGCCAAAAAAUCACCUACGUUCACUGAAAACGCACUCAGAAAUGAUCUGCAGUGCUGUAGAAGCUUUGUGCUGUGCACAGACUUUAAGUGUCGUAGAGACGGACGCUACAGAUUUGAGCAGCCGGACGACGAGUAUCUGGUUUUAUACAUGAUUAUGAGGUGAGUAAUGAGAAGGUGUCUGUAUUUGUGUGUGAGAAUGACUCAAGUCUUCCAUGGAAAUAAUUUUCUUAUGAGCUGAUGAUUUUUGCUUUUUCUUUCACUUUUAUCUAAACACUAAGGACCUAGCUUUCUUGCACAUAAAUCCAACAUAAUUAUAUUAAACUAAUGCAUUUUAUUCCAGACAACAGGUUCUUAUUCUUUCACCAGUUUUAACUAAUACACAUCCGCAGUGCCUGAGAUCUUUUAAAAUCUUUUUCUGUUCAUGUUUAUUAUGAGUUUGCUUUCGUUUGUGUUCAUGACGAAGCUGAUUAAAUCAGUUUUCUGAUGUUUUUAGCGUAUAAACACGCCUUUGAAAUAUGCCACGGCCUCUGUCAAGCAGACUUUUUUACAGAUUUGAUUUUUAUAUGAAAUGGAUGCUUGUCUUUUUCACGAAUCCAACAGAAACCCGCAAGACAGCAGACACGACUUUGUUCAUUCGUGACCUUUGAAAUGUGAAUAAAAAUAAAACUCCAAAGCCAAA